UCGAGCGCAACAAAUGUGCUCACUCGCAGUCUGUCACCCACUUCACGUUUAGUCGGACGUGUGCUUCCUCUUCCAGUGAACGUAUUCGCGAAGCAUCCAAGUGGCAUUUUUUUAUUGCAUUUACUUUUCUUUUGUGUAUUUUAUCCAAUCAAAAUGUCUGAGCCAAUCCGUGUUGUAGUGACUGGUGCUGCCGGUCAGAUCGCCUACUCGCUGCUGUACAUGAUUGCCAAGGGGGAUGUCUUCGGGCCGAACCAGCGACUGGUUCUGCAUUUGCUGGACAUUCCACCGAUGAUGGGUGUGCUCGAGGGUGUCGUCAUGGAACUGGCCGAUUGUGCGCUGCCGUUGUUGGCCGGCGUGGUGCCCACCACCGAUCCGGCCGUUGCCUUCAAGGACGUUGUGGCGGCAUUCCUGGUCGGCGCUAUGCCCCGCAAGCAGGGCAUGGAAAGGAAGGACCUUCUGUCGGCCAACGUCAAGAUCUUCAAGGUUCAGGGUGAAGCGCUGAACAACCAUGCUCGCAAGGACGUCAAAGUGCUGGUCGUUGGCAACCCGGCGAACACCAACGCCUUGGUAUGCUCGCACUAUGCCCCAUCGAUCCCGAAGGAAAACUUCACGGCCAUGACCCGUCUGGAUCAGAACCGAGCCCAGGCUCAGAUUGCCGCCCGGCUGGGAGUUGGCAUCGCUCAGGUUAAGAACGUUAUCAUCUGGGGCAACCAUUCGUCAACUCAGUUCCCGGACGCGAAGAACGCUACCGUCGAGGUGGACGGUACCAAGAAGAGCGUGGUGGAUGCCAUUGCCAACAACGACUACCUGAACGGGGAAUUCGUCGAGACCGUGCAGAAACGUGGCGCUUCGGUCAUUGCCGCGCGCAAGAUGUCCUCGGCCAUGUCGGCCGCCAAGGCUGCCAGUGACCAUAUGCGUGAUUGGUUCGCCGGUACCAAGGACGGUGAGUACGUCUCGAUGGGCGUCGUUUCGGACGGUAGCUACGGCACCCCGAAGGACGUUGUUUACUCGUUCCCGGUGCAAAUUCAGAAUGGCCAGUGGAAGAUUGUUCAGGGAUUGUCCGUUGAUGACUUUGCCCGCGGCAAGUUGGAUGCCACCGGCAAGGAACUGCUCGAGGAAAAGGAAGAAGCAAUGUCCGUGUGUGCCUCGGAUUGACUAACUAAGCUGUAAAACAUCAUAUUUGUAGAAACUUUACACCUGUAUAGUGGGAAUCAAUAAAUAGUCCAUUGUGUUUUCCGUUCCGUUAUGUAAUUGUGUGGUUUUUCGUUUCUCCAAAAAUUGUGUUUUACCAAGAGAGUGCACGUACAAAAAAUUACUCAGCUGUGUGAAAUUAAAAGAGUUAAGACAUUCGCUUCGAAAUUGUUGAAAAACUUAUAGAAAAUAUCGUACGUCUUUAUAGACCAAUUAUUGAAUAUAUAUGCGUAGGCAUAAAAGUCAAUUGGAAGAUUAUUAUUUUGUUAUUGCUUUGGCUUAGCCAUAAAUAAAAUCCAAUUUAUCAGUA